AUGGAGUACCAGCUGCAGCUAGCCAACAUCUUUCAGAAGAUACUACAAAAGAAGAUGAGUUUGGUGCCAAAGAUUAUCGUUCUGUCAUGCAAUUACGGGUUGAUCAUAAUUCUAGACCUUUAUGGGUGGCACCUGAUGGUCAUAUUUUCUUAGAAUCAUUUUCCCCUGUUUAUAAGCAUGCACAUGAUUUUCUUAUUGCUAUUUCUGAGCCUGUAUGUAGACCUGAACAUAUCCAUGAAUAUCAGCUAACAGCAUAUUCUCUUUAUGCUGCAGUUUCUGUUGGUUUACAAACAAAUGAUAUUAUAGAGUACUUGGGAAGACUUAGUAAAACAAGUAUUCCAGAAGGUGUUGUUGAAUUUAUUAAGUUAUGUACUUUGAGCUAUGGAAAAGUAAAAUUGGUUCUAAAACAUAAUCGUUAUUUUGUAGAGAGCACAUUUCCUGAUAUAUUACAAAAACUUUUAAAAGAUCAUAUAAUUCAACAAUGUCGUCUUAGAAGAGAAACAGAUGAUUCAGUAGGAAUGACAACAGUUCAACAGAAAUCAACAAAAACUCCUCAGUUUUCUAAAGAAACUCUCGACAAUAAUAAUGAUGAACAAAAUAAAUCUGUCAAUGCAACUUCAAAUAAUUCAAAUACAGUACCAGAUGAUAUUUUUAAUUAUUAUGAGAAAAUGGAGAGAGACGAAGAAGAAAUUGAAGACUUGCAAACUGUUUCAUUUGAAGUAAAACAGGAAACUAUUGAAACUAUUCAAAAAAGAUGUAUUGAAUUAGAAUAUCCACUUUUAGCUGAAUAUGACUUUAAAAAUGACACAGUUAAUCCAGAUAUUAACAUUGAUCUUAAACCAUCAGCAAUUUUAAGACCAUAUCAAGAAAAAAGCUUGAGAAAAAUGUUUGGUAAUGGAAGAGCAAGAUCUGGUGUAAUCGUUUUGCCAUGCGGUGCUGGAAAAUCAUUGGUUGGUGUUACAGCAUGCUGCACUGUACGUAAAAGAUGUUUAGUUCUUUGUAAUUCUGGAGUGUCUGUUGAACAAUGGAAAUCACAGUUUAAAAUGUGGUCAACAGCAGAUGAUAGCACAAUUAUUCGUUUCACAUCUGAUGCAAAAGAUAAACCAGGAAAUUGUGGUAUUUGCAUUACAACAUAUUCAAUGAUAACUCAUACACAAAGGCGUUCUUGGGAAGCAGAACAUGUCAUGAAUUGGUUAAAAAAUCAAGAAUGGGGUCUAAUGUUGCUAGAUGAGGUUCAUACUAUACCAGCUAAAAUGUUCCGACGAGUAUUAACUAUUGUACAAGCUCAUUGUAAACUCGGUCUGACUGCUACAUUAGUACGUGAGGAUGAUAAGAUACAAGAUUUGAAUUUUUUGAUUGGUCCAAAACUGUAUGAAGCAAAUUGGUUGGAGUUACAGAAAGCAGGUUUUAUUGCAAGAGUACAGUGUGCAGAGGUAUGGUGUCCAAUGGUGCCAGAAUUCUAUAGAGAAUAUGUAAAUGCUAGAGCAAAUAAGAAAAUGUUACUCUACGUUAUGAAUCCUAAUAAAUUUAGAGCUUGUCAGUUUCUCAUAAAGUAUCAUGAACGUCGAAGUGAUAAAAUAAUUGUAUUUUCAGACAAUGUCUUUGCUCUCAAGCAUUAUGCUAUUAAAAUGAACAAGCCUUAUAUUUAUGGUCCUACAUCUCAGGCAGAAAGGAUGCAGAUUCUGCAAAAUUUCAAAUACAAUCCAAAAGUGAAUACUAUUUUUGUAUCAAAAGUUGCAGAUACAUCAUUUGAUUUGCCAGAGGCAAAUGUGUUGAUACAAAUAUCAAGUCAUGGAGGUUCUCGAAGACAAGAAGCACAAAGACUGGGAAGGAUUCUAAGAGCAAAAAAAGGUGCAAUAGCAGAAGAAUAUAAUGCAUUUUUCUAUUCAUUGGUAUCGCAAGAUACAAUGGAAAUGCAUUUUACAAGAAAACGACAACGAUUUUUAGUUAAUCAAGGAUAUAGUUACAAAGUAGUUACAAAACUUGCAGGAAUGGAUGAGGAAGAUCUUUUAUAUAAAACAAGAGACGAACAACUUCAACUCUUACAUCAGGUCAUAUCUGCAAAUGACACAGAUGCGGAAGAGGAAAGAAUUGUCGAUUCAAAUUCCGUUGGGCAUUCUACAUCUCAGGUAUCAAGAAGAUCUGGGAAUAUGAGUUCCAUUUCUGGUGCAGAUGAUACUAUUUAUUUAGAAUACAAGAAUAGUGCAAAUACUGCAAGACAUCCAUUAUUCAAACGAUUUCGCAGAUAGCAAUUUGUACAUUUUAUUGUACUACUUUCGUCUGUGUUCAGAAGAAAGAAAUAUUUAAUAUGGUUACUGUUUGAAAUGAUUGGUAGGCAAAAUUGAGGGCCUAUAUAUGGUACAUUAUAUAUAUAUUGAAAAUAAUAAUAAUGCACUAUGCUUCAAUUUGUAAUAAGUUUGUAUGUGAAGUUAAGAGUUAAAACUCUUAGUCAAAUUGAAGUUUUUAUAUAUUUGUUUACACGAAACUAUUAUUAAUGAACCAUAUUUAUUUCUGUUCAGAAUUGCAAAAUAAACAGCUAUCUAUAAAAUUUUU